AGCCCGCCCAUCCCUUUUCCUACUCACCGCCCUUUCACCCAACUCGCUUGCACUAGUAGAAAUUAUUGGAAAUGUCGAAAUUCAAGGUCCUCUGUCUGCACGGGUAUACCCAGAACGCCAAAAAGUUCCAUGACCGCACUGGGCCGUUCCGGCGGGCGCUCAAAAACCAGCUCGACUUCACCUACAUGACAGCGCCGAUCCAGGCCACAGAGUUCCAGUCAGACGAGCCCACCGACGACGGGCCCUCGGCGGCAUGGUGGAACCGCAAGGACGGCAAGGUCUGGCAGGAGAUGCAGCAGAGCAUGCGCGCAAUCCACCAGACCAUGAAGGAAGAGGGCCCGUUCGAUGCCAUCGUUGGGUUCUCGCAGGGAUCGGGCAUGGCGGCGGUGCUGCUGGCGCUCAUGCAGAUUGCAAAGUCGUCCAGGCUGGCAGAUAUGGACGCGGACGUGCAAGCGUUGGCGGGAGAGCUGGGGGACCAGCCAGUGCCCAAGUUCGUCAUGCUGUUUGCGGGCUUCUACCCGGACCUGCCGCAGUUCCGGCAGAUUAUCGCGGCGGAGAAGCUCACCACGCCCAGCAUCCAUGUGGUCGGCGAAAACGACCACAUCGUGCCCAUGGACCGCGGCAAGCAGCUGGCCGAGGAGGCAUUCAUUGACGCGGUGGUCAAGACACACGAGGGCGGGCACUUUAUGCCCAGCAAUGCGGCCUGGCGCAAGCAGUACCAGGCAUUCCUCGAAGUGCUGGGCCAGUAAAGCGGGAAAUAAAAUAGACUUUUCAGUUUUG